AUGCGUAUUGCACUGGCCGUCCUCGCCCAGUUUCUCCUGUUUAGUGCGACUGCGCUGGUGAUCCUUGCCAACAUGGGCCAGCUUACCCACAACAUGGUGGCACGGAAUAUUCGCGUAAUGAAAGCCACCGUUCAGGCAGAUGCGUUGUCCCAAUAUAUGGCCCAGUCCUUCACGAAUCCUCUGGGCCAGGGUCUGGGCCUUCGCGAGAAGUAUUCAUGGGGUCUGUACAACUAUUGCGGGGGCUCCUCUGAUUUCGAGCAAGUGGCUUGUGAAGACAAGAGCUUUGGUCACCGCAUUAACGUCCCUGAGGCCAUCCGGGUGGAUCUGCCGGCCGGCCAAUCCAGUGCCGCUGACGGACAGUAUGCGAACCAGGACAACAUUAACCGUUACACGCGUGCAGCCUUCUACCUCCUCUUCGUGGGCACCAUCAUCGCGGGUGUGGCGUUUAUUGUGUCGCUAUUGACACAUAUGGCCGCUCUGUCGAUCGCUAGUAUUCUGGCUUUCCUUGCAUUUGCUGUCUUGGUGGCGGGUGCAGGUAUCGAGACCUACUUCAUCGCCAAGAUGAAGGAUAACUCGGCUCAGUUUGUCCAGGUCGAUUAUGGCAAUGCCUUGUGGAUGUUUUGGGCAGCUGCCGGUGCCUGUUUGGUUUCGAUUCCGCUCCUCGUUGGUGGGGCAGCUGCUAGCCGCGUUCGAUAUGCCGAGGUGUAUUAG